UCUUCCUGAGCUCAGACCGCGCCUGGUUUCCUGGCAGCGGCGGGUUAGAGCGGGGGCGGCUACGGCAAGCGCCGGGGGACAUUUCAGGCACUGAACCCGGACGUGGUUUCCAAUCAAUAUGGCGGCUAAGCGGAUUACCCAGGAGACGUUUGACGACGUGGUGCAAGAAAACAUCCUUGAGUUCGGGAUGGAUCCGGAAGAGGCGGUGAACGAAGCUGUCCAGCAGUUUGAGUCUCAAGGUGUGGAUUUGAGCAACGUAGUGAAGGCGGCACCCAGCCCUGCCUCCGAGAACGGUCAAGAACAGAAGCACGCUAUUUUACAGAUCUUGGACUCCCUCCAGAAAGCCGUCAUUGAUGCUGAAUCGCCCCAGGUGGAUGAACUCCUGGUCGGCUUCGCCAAGCAGUGCCGUCAGGAGCUAGCUGUCCGGUACCUAGCGGCGCAGAAGGGCGCUUACCCUGCCGUCAUGGCCGCUUGCCGGCUGGCGUCCGAAGACCGGUGCUCGCUUCCUAAAGCCCUCCACGCCCUCUCCGCGCUCCUGGACGGCCAACCCGAUCUCCUCGAUGCCUCUGGGCAGGAGCUGCUGCUGCGGGUGUUGCAGGAAAGCCGGGACGACGGUGACCUCACCCUCGCUGGGGUCCGUUGCGUCCGGUACGCCUGCCUGAAACACGAGCAGAACCGGCAGGACCUGGUGAAAGGCGGCGUCCUCCCGCUGCUGGCUGGGGCGAUCGUCCGGCACGGGGACCGCGCCGACGUGGUCCGGGAGGCCUGUUCGGGGCUGAGGAUCAUGACCUUUGACGAUGACAUCCGGGUGCCUUUCGGCCACGCCCAUGACCACGCCAAGAUGAUCGUGGUGGAGCACAACGGCUUGCGAAUCCUUAUAGAAGCUGCUAAAGCUUUCACUGAUGACAGCAGCGUUUUGAGUGAAAUCUGUGCCACCCUGGCACGCCUAUCUGUCCGAAACGAGUUUUGCCAGGAGAUUGUGGACCUCGGAGGCUUAAACUUCAUCGUGGCGCUCUUGGCAGACUGCAUCGACCACCAGGAGCUGGUGAAACAGGUACUCAGUGCCAUCCGAGCCAUCGCGGGCAAUGACGACGUGAAAGAUGCCAUCGUGAACGCCGGAGGGACUGACCUCAUUGUGUUGGCUAUGAGCCGCCAUCUUGGAAGCCCACAGGUGUGUGAGCAGAGCUGCGCUGCUCUGUGCAUGCUGGCGCUGCGUAAGCCGGAGAACUGCCGGGUCAUCAUGGAGGGCGGCGGGGCCCUGGCGGCUUUGCAGGCCAUGAAGAUGCACCCCCGGGAAGUCGCCGUGCAGAAACAAGCGUGCAUGCUGAUCCGCAACCUGGUUGCCCACGCGCAGGACUUCUCCCAGCCCAUCCUGGAGAUGGGAGCCGAGGACUUGAUCACGGAGGCGCGAGCCGCCCACCGGGAGUGCGACGACGUAGCCAAAGCCGCCUUGAGGGACCUGGGCUGCAGGGUGGAGCUGCGGGAACUGUGGACCGGCCAGAAGGGAGACCUGGCGCGUUGAAAGCCUCUGACCCGGCAGACUUUGGGGCCUUCUCCCGCGCGUUCCGCUUCUGGGUUUUCGCUUCAGGCCCUUCAAGAACCGGCCGUUCUCUUGCAAACGGGGCGGGGCGCCUCAGGCAGGCUUUCCGGCCUGUACAGAGGCCAAAGCUGCACUGAAACGUAUCCCCGUUGCCGUAGGGCCGCCUCGAAACGAGCGGCAGGGCGCCUGUCUGUAUUUCGGCAGGGCUUCCGGCGCGGCUAGGCCUCUGUCACCACCGGUUCCGUUCGCGGUUUUCUCGCUCGACUGCUCCGCUCGCCCGUCGCCUCUCGCCUGUGGGCCGUCCCGAGCUCUUUCCUCGUGUGAUCA